CAUUUUUUCAUGGAGGGAAGUUCUUCCAAUAAUAAAGGAAAGGCCCAACAGAAGGAAGAAGUAAAGUACCACGGUGUCCGGCGGCGGCCGUGGGGGAAGUUCGGGGCGGAGAUAAAGGAUUCCGCCCUGGACGGCGGCCGUCAGUGGCUAGGAACGUUUGACUCGGCGGAGGAGGCCGCCAGGGCCUAUGACAGGGCGGCAUUUAACCUACGUGGCCACCAUGCCACCUUGAACUUCCCUCAUUAUUAUUACCACCCUUCGUCAGCAUCAACGCCGCCGCCGCCACCACCGCCGCCGUCGUCUUCACCUCCGGCGAGAAAAGAAGGUUCAUCAUCAACGGAAAGAAGCAAAGAAGUGUUUGAGAUAGAGUACUUUGAUGACAGUCUCCUUGAACAGCUUCUUGGAGUAGAGAAUGAGAAGAAGAAGAGGAAACGAGAUUAAUAUAUAUAAGUGAAAUGCCGGCACCGGCAUUCGUUAUUAGCAGACAUAAUUAGCG